AUGGAGGGAUUAAUGCAGGUGCCUUAUGAAGCAACGGUGAAGAUGAUGUUAGCAUCACUGGAAAGAAAUUUGCUACCAGAUGCUGUUGUAAGAAGGCUGACUCGCAUGCUCUUGGCAGGCCGUCUUCGUUCUUGCUUCAAGCCAUCCUCUGAACUCCAGCUAGCUGACCUCCUCCACUUCGCGCAUUCUCUAAAGGAGAUGCCUGUGGCUAUCGAGACUGAUACGCCAAAAGCUCAGCAUUAUGAACUACCAACCUCUUUCUUUAAGCUGGUCCUCGGCAAAAAUCUAAAAUACAGCUGUUGUUACUUUUCUGAUGAAUCAAGCUCCUUGGAAGACGCUGAGAAAGCAAUGUUGGAGUUGUACUGCGAGAGGUCACAGUUAAAAGAUGGACACACUGUCCUCGAUGUUGGAUGUGGAUGGGGUUCACUCUCUUUAUACAUUGCCCAAAAGUACAGUAACUGUAAAAUUACUGGCAUUUGCAAUUCAACAACACAGAAAGCACACAUUGAUGAGCAGUGCCGAGAUCUUCAGCUGCAGAAUGUGGAGAUCAUUGUUGCGGACAUAAGCACAUUUGAAAUGGAGGCAUCCUAUGACCGUAUAUACUCCAUUGGAAUGUUUGAGCAUAUGAAGAAUUAUGGGGAUCUUCUUAACAAGAUAUCCAAAUGGAUGAAACAAGAUGGCCUUCUUUUUGUUGAUUAUUUCUGCCACAGGGCAUUUGCUUACCACUUUGAGGAUGUAAAUGAAGAUGACUGGAUGACUAGGCAUUUCUUCACCGGAGGUUCAAUGCCAUCGGCAAAUCUGUUACUUUAUUUCCAGGAUGAUGUUUCCAUUGUUAAUCAUUGGCUUGUGAAUGGGGAACAUUAUUCACAUACAAGUGAGGAGUGGCUCAAAAGAAUGGACCGGAACUUGGCUUCCAUUAAGCCAAUAAUGGAGUCAACCUAUGGUAAAGAUCAAGCUGUUAAGUGGACUGUCUACUGGAGAACAUUCUUCAUUGCUGUUGCAGAACUCUUUGGAUACAACAACGGAGAAGAGUGGAUGGUUGCACUUUUUCUAUUUAAGAAAAAGUGA